AUGAGUUCUCAGCAAGGAGGAAACGCUCCACAAGGAGGUCCUAUUUACAUGCUACCUCAAAGACAGGAGAUGGAGUACCUUUGCGCAGAUUGUGGGGCCAAAAACGAGAUCAAAUCACGGGAGCCCAUCCGUUGUAGGGAGUGCGGGCACCGAAUAAUGUACAAGAAGAGAACAAAAAGGAUGGUUCAAUUCGAGGCACGGUGA